UUUUCUUCCUUCCAGAAGUAUACUGUAUCCGUACCACUCCUCAGCGGACUACAGUAAAGUAAAAACUUAUUCAAAAUCAAAUCACAUCACAUUCCUUUUCAUUCUCUCUCUCUCAUCACUCAUCAGUCAUCAAAUCAUCAUUCCCCUGGCUGUUUAUUUUUUAGUCCUAGUUUUUAUGAAUUUACUAAUAUUAUGUAAGCUGACUCGGUUAGGGUUCAUCCGUCGCUGAUUAAGUUCUUUUCUCAAUUCAUGGCCGGGAGCGGAUCGCAAAACCUAGGGUUUCGAUUUGAUAUUAAGCAAAUUUUAUCAGAAGCACAGCACCGAUGGCUGAGACCUGCUGAAAUUUGUGAAAUUCUGCGCAACUAUCAGAAGUUUUAUAUUACUCCUGAGCCUCCAGUCAAGCCAGCUAGUGGAUCUGUCUUUCUGUUUGAUCGGAAGGUGCUGAGAUACUUCCGGAAAGAUGGGCAUAACUGGAGGAAGAAGAAGGAUGGUAAGACUGUGAAGGAGGCACAUGAAAAGCUGAAGGUUGGGAGUGUUGAUAUGCUACACUGCUAUUAUGCCCAUGGAGAAGAAAAUGAGAAUUUCCAAAGACGCAGUUACUGGAUGCUUGAACAGGAUCUCAUGCAUAUAGUUUUUGUUCACUACUUGGAGGUUAAGGGUAAUAAAGCAAACAUUCAAUGCCUCAAGGAUGCUGGAACAGUGUCAUCUAAUUCUCAAGAUGACAGUUCGUUGUCCUUUGGUUCUCCUGCAAAUUCUGACAGAUUGGCUUCACCAUAUACCGACAUGACGAGUCCUACAAGCACUCUAACAUCUGCAUGUGAAGAUGCUGAAUCUGAAAUUAAUCACCCAGCAAGUUCCAGAUUUCAUCCAUAUCUUGAAACAACGCAAGAGGACUUCAGGGGGUUGGAGAAUUUAGAUGCUGGCUUCUCAAGCUCUUAUAAUGUGCUUCAGUCUUUGGGUGGUCAGCCUACUUCUUCGGCUUCAGUUCAUGAUGGAUGCACUGUUGAUCACCCCAAAAGUAAUUUUGUACCUGGUGUUGAAAGAACACUAGAUUCAGCAUCUUGGGAAGAGGUCUUGGGGCAAUGUACAACAGGUAUGGUUGGUGAUGGACACAAGUCCUGGAAUGCCCCAGCACACCAAGCAAAUUGGCAGGGAGAUUGUUUAUCGCCCAUGCAAGGAGUGCCACUUAGUCAGAAUCUGAUUCCGGAUUCAGCUUAUUAUGGCAAAGGAAGUUUAUGGGAGCAGAAAUCUAUUUCUGCACUUCUUCAAUCUGCUGCAGAUCCAUUUUACAUGAGGCCUGAUGGGCAAGAAGACGAAGCUGUGGAAAGGGACGUACAAAAACUGCGACAAAAUGUAGAAGCCGGAUAUAUGAUGAGUUACAAGGCUGAGACUAGUGUGCCUUCUGCAGGGUCUGGAAACUGUUCUUUGGUUUUGAAACAGCCACAUCUGAGUGGAAUCCAAGCAGAAGAAAGCUUGAAGAAAGUGGACAGCUUCUCCCGAUGGAUGGCUAAAGAAUUAGGAGAAGUUGAGGAAUUGCCUUUGCACUCAACCAAUGGAUACUCAUGGAGUGUGAUACAGACUGAGGAUGUUGUUGGUGAUUCCUGUACUCCCACCCAGCUGCAACUGGAUGCAGACACAUUAAAUUUCUCACUCUCCCAAGAUCAACUAUUUAGCAUCACUGAUUUUUCACCAAAUUGGGCUUACUCAAGGUUGGAGACCAAGGUCCUAAUUACUGGAAGAUUUCUCAAGAGUGGACAAGAGUUUACAAGAUAUAAGUGGUCAUGUAUGUUUGGAGAACUGGAGGUGCCAGCAGAAGUCUUAUCAGGAGGAGUUCUUUGUUGCCAUGCGCCACCACACAAGGCUGGGCUUGUCCCAUUUUACGUGACUUGUUCAAAUCGGUUGGCUUGUAGUGAAGUACGAGAAUUUGAAUAUCGAGCUGGACCCUCGCAGGAAAUUGAUUUUGCAGAUAUUCCUGGAAGUGAUGCAAUUGAGGUGCAUCUCCAAAGACGGCUCGAGAAAUUAUUCUUGACAGGACCGAUAGGUAGCACCCAGAGUGUCUCUGAAACUAUUACUGACAAAAAAGAAGUUGUCAAUAAGAUAUUUUUAUUGAUGGAGGCAGAAUACAAUCAGAUGGCAACUCUGUCACCGAGGGAUGUCUCCCCACCCAAUGGAAUAGAGGAGCAACAUGGUGAAAAGCUGUUGAAGGAGAAGUUUUACACAUGGCUGAUCCAGAAAGUGACCGAAGGUGGAAAAGGGCCAAGUCUUCUUGACGAUGAGGGUCAAGGAGUUUUGCAUUUAGCAGCUGCUCUUGGUUUUAACUGGGCCAUAAAGCCAGUCAUUAUUUCAGGAAUUAGUAUAGAUUUUCGUGAUGUAAAUGGAUGGACUGCACUUCACUGGGCUGCUCUAUGUGGCAGGGAGGACACGGUUGCUGUUCUGGUCUCUCUUGGUGCGGCUCCUGGAGCAUUAACAGAUCCAUCUGCUGAACAUCCUUUGGCCAGAACUCCUGCAGACCUUGCUUCCGCAAAUGGACACAAGGGGAUAGCUGGUUUUCUUGCUGAGUGCUCCUUGACAACACACCUUUCAACAUUGACUGUGAAAGAUUCAAAGGAUGAUGAUACCUUGCAAUACUCUGAAGCAAAAGCUAUAAAAACAGUUUCAGAACGUGUUGCAUCUCCAAUUACUGAACAGGAUGUGCCAGAUUCACUGUCAUUGAAGGAUUCUAUGGCUGCUGUAUGUAAUGCAACUCAAGCAGCUGCUCGGAUUCAUCAAAUUUUUAGGAUUCAAUCCUUUCAGAGGAAGCAGCUUGAUAUUCAGCACAUUAAUGAGUCAUCAUCUAUGGACGAGCAUACUCUCUCUCUUAUAGCAGCCAAAACAAGCAGGCUGGGUAAGAAUGAUUGGACUGCUCAUGGUGCUGCAAUAAGCAUUCAGAAAAAGUUUCGUGGUUGGAAGAAGCGAAAAGAAUUUCUAAUUAUUAGGCAAAGAAUUGUUAAAAUCCAGGCUCAUGUACGGGGGCAUCAGGUGAGGAAGAAGUAUAAAACAAUAAUUUGGUCGGUGGGAAUCCUAGAGAAGGUGAUAUUGCGGUGGAGGCGGAAAGGGAGUGGUUUAAGGGGUUUUCGCCCAGAUGCAGUUGCCAAAUGUCCAAGCGCUGAAAACAUGCCCAGAAAGGAUGAUGAUUAUGAUUUUCUAAAGGAAGGAAGAAAACAGACUGAAGAGAGGUUACAAAAAGCACUUUCUAGGGUCAAGUCCAUGGCUCAAUACCCUGAGGCAAGAGCUCAAUACAGAAGGCUGCUAACUGUUGCUGAAGGAUUCCGCGAAACUGAGGAUACUUCCAACCCGACACUUAGUGGUUCUGAAGAUGUGAGCUACGCUGAUGAGGAACUAUUUGAUGUUGAAAAAUUGUCGGAUCACGAUACUUUCAUGUCCAUGGCAUUUGAAUGAGCCUCGAACACAAAUUGUGCCUAUUAUUGACGCUGUAUUUAUUGACUGCGCUCGGUUCAUUGAUGGAACGCUAGUGCAAUGGUUCAAUGUAUGUAAAUAUGUAGUGUAUAAAAUCAACUGCUACUUUUUGCUCUCUCUUUUUUUUUUUUCUUUUAUAGCUUUCACGUAGACCAUCGACUGUAAUUUUUCAUGGUUUGAGGAUUAAGUUAAAAAUCAUUCUGCAAUUCUAGUCUCAA